AUGGGACUCACCGAUGACUUCGACGAGGAUGACCGUCCUCAACUGGACCCCUCAACCAUGGCUCUGCUCCAAGAAUUCUACACGGAAAGAGACGAGCGGGAAAAGCAAUUCGAAGACUUGAAAUCAAAAGCCGAGGAUGAAUUCGACAACAGCUCCAAACCUCUGUCUAUGGAUCUGUUCGCCGAAAGUUGGCAAGACAGCCAGUUCUGGUACAAAGAUGAGACUGCAAAGGUGUUAGCUGAGCAAUUGUUGGAUGGUGUGACUGAAGACAGUCGCAUUGCCGUUGUUUCGGCGCCGAGUGUGUAUAUUCAGUUGAGGAAUCUGCUGAAUGAUCGCGAAAAGUACCCGAUACGACCGAAACUCAUGCUUUUGGAGUUUGACGAGAGGUUUGCGGUUUUCAAGGAUGACUUUGCUUUUUACGAUUACAAGCAACCUAUCAAAUUGGAUCCCAGCCUCAAAGGCUCUUUCGACAGAAUCAUCUGCGAUCCUCCAUUCUUGAACGAGGACUGCCAGUCAAAAGCUGCACUCACAGUCCGCUGGCUGGCCAAGACAUGGGAGGCUCCUCUCCGACUCAUCCAAUGCACUGGAGAGAGAAUGGAGUCGUUGGCCCACAAGUUGUACGGCAAGGCUGGUAUGCGCACCACCACCUUCCGUCCUGAGCACUCCAAGGGCUUGAGCAAUGAGUUCAGAUGCUAUGCCAACUUUGAGUGCGAUGUCUGGAAGUUUGAGCCUCAAAACUUGUCGUAG